AUGGAGCUCUCCUCAGCCCGUCUCCACAGAGGGCAGCUACCCUGGAGGGGAAUCCUGCUGGCAGCCUCACUUUUGCUCUGCUGGAGCUCUCCCACCAUGGCCCAAGUCACAGUGGAAGCAGUUCCGCCCCACGUUGCUGAAGGGGCGAAUGUGCUUCUACUCGUCCACAAUCUGCCAGAGACACUCCAAGUCUUUUACUGGUACAAGGGAGAUAAUGUGGAUGAGAAAAAUGAGAUUGUAAAACUUAUAAAACCCCAAGCAACAUAUAAAACACAGCCUGCAUACAGUGGUAAAAUAAAAGUAUACCUCAAUGGAUCUCUGCUCUUACGGAAUGUCGCUCAGAAAGAUGCAGGACCCUACAUGCUACAUAUGAAAAUGGGAAACCUUGAUGUUAGAAAUGCAUCCGUGCAGUUCCAUGUACACCCACUGCUACCCAAGCCCAAAAUCAAAAGCAACAAUUACAAUCCCAUGGAGGGUGAGGACUCAGUAGCAUUAAUGUGUGAGCCCGAGACUGAGAAUACAAGCUACCUGUGGAGGAGAAAUGGCCAGAGCCUCUCAGAAGGUGACAGGCUGAAGCUGUCUGAGGACAACAGGACUCUCACUUUACUCAGCGUUGUGAGGAAUGACACAGGAGAUUAUGAGUGUGAAACCCGGAACCCAGUGAGCACCUCCCGAAGUUAUCCAUUCCAUCUGGAAAUUACCUAUGGUCCAGAUGUCCCGAUCAUAUCCCCCUCAAAUACUUAUUUUCGUUCAAGGACAGACCUCAGCCUCUUCUGCCAUUCAGCUGCUAACCCACCCGCACAGUACUCUUGGUUUGCCAAUGGAGAGCUCCUGUCAUCCUCCCAAGAGCUCUUUAUCCCCAACAUCACUACAAAUAAUAGUGGACUCUAUACCUGCUUCAUUCAUUACUUUGUCACUGGCCUCAAUAAGACCACAGUCAAGAACAUUGAAGUCCUUGAGCCAGUGACUACACCCUCCAUCAGAGCCACCAAAUCUGAUGUCAAAGAACGAGACUCUGUGCACCUGACUUGCGACUUCAACUCCAGUGACUCUACAAUCGCAUUCCGCUGGUUCCACAAUGGCAAGGGAAUGGAAUUCACAGACAGGGUAUUCUUAAUUCAAGACAGAGUCCUCUCCAUAUCCCAUGCCAGGAAGGAAGAUUCUGGGGCGUAUCAGUGUGAGGUAUACAAUGCAGUCAGUUCCAAGAGGAGUGACCCGUUCCAGUUGAACAUAAGACCCUCUCUUACGAUCUACUGGAGCUCAUCCACCAUGCCCGAAGUUACUGUGGAGGCAGUUCCGCCCCACGUUGAUAAAGGGAGGAGUGUUGUUCUACUUGUCCAUGAUAUGCCAGAAAAAGUCCAAUCCUUUUCCUGGUACAAGGGAGAAAAUAUGAUUGAGAGGAAUGAAAUUGCACGAUUUCUGAAAUCCAAUAAAAAAAUUGAAACAGGGCCUGCAUACAGCGGCAGAGAGAAAAUAUACCAACAUGGAUCCCUGGUCUUCCGGAAUGUCAAUAAGAAAGAUGAAGGAACCUAUAUGCUACGUAUAAAAACAGAAAACUUUGAUUUUAGGGCACUUGUGCACGUCCAUGUGAACCCUAAGUAA